AAUAUAUGAUUGAUACUCCAUCUCUAAAGAAGUGGUAUUCAUUUCACAAUGAUGAUUUUCUGUCUCCACAAUGCAGGUUUCUUCCUGCUUCUUCUUCUUCUUCUUCCUUACUCCAUAUCAGUUUCAGUUUCUAAAACACCAUUGCUUGACCAUGGAAAUGAAACAGAUCAGCUUGCUCUUCUUGACUUCAAGAAUCAAAUAAUCUCAGACCCUCUUAAGAUCAUGGAUUCCUGGAAUCAAUCCAUUCAUUUCUGCAAUUGGUUUGGUGUCACUUGCAGCCCAUCCAGCAGGAGGGUCAUUACCCUGAGGUUGUCGUCCCUGAGUCUGGUCGGCUCCAUCACUCCAUCAUUGGGUAACCUCUCCUUUCUAUCUGGGAUCGAUCUCAGGAACAACAGCUUCAGUGGUGAAAUCCCACAAGAAAUUGGCCGCCUACAAAGGCUACAGUCUCUUAACUUAACAUAUAAUUAUCUUGGAGGGAAAAUCCCAACCAACUUAACUAACUGCAGGGAGCUCAAAGUCCUUGCCUUAGAGGGUAAUGGACUUGUUGGUGAGAUACCAAAUGAGUUGAGCACACUCUCAAAGCUUCUGCUUAUGGGUCUUGGAAGUAAUAAGUUAACAGGGAAAAUCCCAACUUGGAUUGGGAAUUUUUCAUCUUUACUUGGUAUAUCGCUAGCCCUGAAUAAUUUCCAUGGAGGCAUACCACAAGAGCUUGGGAAACUCUCCAAGUUACGGUUUUUCCAAUUCUAUGGAAAUGAGUUGGUAGGCACGAUUCCUUCGUCUAUUUACAACAUUUCCACCAUAUAUUAUUUCUCUGUUACACAGAACCAACUACACGGAGAGCUUCCUCAAGAUGUCGGCCUCAAGUUUCCAAAUCUUCAAGUUUUUGCUGGGGGUGUCAACAGCUUCACGGGGCAGAUCCCACGUUCAUUGCAAAAUUCAUCGGAUCUUCAGGUACUCGAUUUUGCUGAAAAUCUUAUUAGUGGAACUAUACCAACUGGUUUAGGAAGAUUGCAGAAUUUGUAUAGGCUCAACUUUGACGACAACAAACUUGGAAAUGGCAAAGCUGGCGAUCUAGAGUUUUUGGCUUCCUUGGCCAACUGUUCAGCCUUGGAAGUUCUUGGCUUGAGCGGUAACAUGUUUGGAGGAUCUAUACCAAGAUCCAUAGCCAAUCAAUCAACCAAUAUGCAAAUACUUACACUGGGUUCAAACCGAUUAAAUGGGAGAAUUCCUGAUGGAAUAGGAAACCUAUUUAAUUUGAACAGUCUUGGCUUAGAAGGUAACAGAUUUAAUGGUACCAUACCAUAUGACUUUGGGAAACUUAAAAAAUUACAGGGUUUGAAUUUGAACUACAACAGAUUUUCCACGUUUAUUCCAUCCUCUUUUGGGAACCUAACAGCACUAUCGAGGUUGUUUAUGGAGGGUAAUAUGUUACAAGGAAGCAUACCUCCAAGCCUAGGAAACUGCAAGUAUUUGCAGGUCCUCAACUUAAGUCGUAAUAAUCUUGGUGGAAGCAUACCCAAAGAAAUCAUGGGUUUAUCCUCAUUGUCGAUUUCAUUAUCAUUAGCCAAUAAUCAGUUAACUGGGCCUAUACCAUUGGAAGUUGGCAAGUUGAAAAAUCUAAAGGAGCUUCAUAUUUCAGGUAAUAAUAUAUCAGGUGAAAUUCCUAGCACUCUAGGAAGCUGUAUUAGCUUGGAGAGGUUAUUGAUGGAUAAUAAUCUAUUUGAAGGAAAGAUUCCUCGAUCUAUCAAAGACUUGAAAGGUUUAGUUCAGUUAGAUCUUUCGCACAAUAAUCUAUCUGGAGGGAUCCCGCAGUUUCUUGCAGAAAUGAGUGGACUAGAGAUUCUUGAUCUCUCGUAUAAUGAUCUGCAGGGUGAAGUUCCAACUGGAGGAAUAUUUAAGAAUGCCAGCCAAAUUACUCUAAUUGGAAAUGAGAAUCUCUGUGGAGGAAUCUCAAACUUACUUUUGCCAGCUUGUCCUCUUGAGAUGGCUAUUUCCUCUAGAAAUUUUUUGACACGAAGGACGAUUAUUCUUGUAGUUAUCGUUGUAAUUCUAUCUGUAUUGUUGUUUUGUGUCACUAUAUUUUGCAUAUGGAAGAGAACUAAGAAAACACCCUUAACAUCCUCCUCUGAGAAUGAAUGGAUGCAAAUAGGCAUUUCUUACCAGGACCUUCUAAGAUCUACAAAUGAAUUCACAACCUGUAUAGGUUCAGGUAGUUUCGGUUCUGUGUAUAAAGGAUCCUUACCAAAUGAUGGAACUGUUGUAGCCGUUAAAGUACUAAACUUGCAACAACAGGGAGCUACAAAGACCUUCAUUGAUGAAUGCAAAGCUUUAAAAUGCAUUAAGCAUCGAAAUCUACUGGAUCUAUUAACCGUUUGUUCCAGUGUGGAUCAUCAAGGCAAUGAGUUCAAGGCUCUAGUCUAUGAGUUCAUGAUUAAUGGGAACCUAGACCAAUGGCUGCACCCGAAAGAUCAAAAUAAGAGACUGAACAUGAAACAUAGACUAGACAUAGCGAUGGAUGUAGCCCACGCCCUUGAAUAUCUUCAUUAUCAUUGUGAGACACCUAUAGUUCAUCGUGAUUUAAAACCUAGCAACGUAUUGCUAGACCAAGACAUGACGGCUCAUGUUGGUGACUUCGGAUUGGCUAGCUUUGUCUUGGAAGCAUCUAAUGGCCAGAGCAUUUCAGAGGGAUUGAAGGGUUCAGUUGGGUAUAUUGCUCCAGAAUGUGGGUUGAGAGUACAAGUUUCAACAUUUGAAGAUGUUUACAGUUAUGGGAUACUCUUGUUGGAAAUGUUUACUGGAAAGAGACCAACGGAUGACAUGUUCAAGGAUGGACUCGAUAUUCACAGCUUUGUGGCCAUGGCAUUGCCUGAGAACUCGAUGAACAUAGUUGAUCCAUCUUUGCUAUUAGAGGCAGAGAAGGAAGAGACUUACAUCGAUAAUAGAAUUGAAAGGGUCUUAGAAGAGAAGGCAAUGGUCAAAAGUUCUCACAACAGAGCUAAUAUUUCUCGUAUGAUGGAAGAAAGCUUGAUCGCAGUAAUGAGUAUUGGACUUUCAUGUUCAAAUUCAUUACCAAGUCAAAGGAUGGCUAUGAAUGUUGUCACAAAGAAACUGCAUGCCAUCAGAGAUUCAUUUAGUAAGCUUUAAAAUAAAAGAUUUCUUUGAUGUUGUUGUUUUGAUGCUUUCUAUAUAUUUUGAUAUUUUUUAUUUUCAUUUUGGUUGUUUAUGACAAAGUUAUACAAAUAUUGUCAUCACUUGAAUUGUAAUGAUUUUUGGAUUUUCCUA